AUGGCUCCACGCUCGAGAACGCGACAGCGACGAACAAAACAAGAGCGCUUUCUGCUCGACCACUUACCAAAGGAAGUGCGCGAGAACAUUGCCAGAAUCGUCACCAAAGGCGGGCAAUGCAACGCUGAUGGCUACAAUCUCUCCCAGGCAAGCAAACACCAGCGUCAUGCAGUGCUUUCAGCAAUGCCGCGGCACAUGAACUUCGCUCUUGGAGCUAUCAACAUGACAGAUGAUUGGGCAAAGCUUCUCUCCAAACACGUCUAUAGCAUGCAUGUUGAAGCCAUGGAUGCCAAUGUUGAUGAUGAUGAAAUCAACAGAAAAGCGCCAAUCGUGCAACUACUCACUGCGCCGCAAUUGCAAAAGGUUCAUAUCCCGGCCAUUUCAACUUUUUUGUUCGCAAUCAGAAGCUGCACAUCUUUGCGUGUGCUCAGCAUUGAUCUGCGUGUUUGCGAUCCUAACUCACUCAUAUGUAGCUUGCGACACUUCGGCCCAUCGCUCGGAUUUCUAGGGCUUACAUGCGGAAAUACCGGAAAGACGAAGGGCGCAGCUUCGGCAUCUAACUGCCCCAUGCUUCUAUGCAACAAAAGCUUUCCGGGAACUUUGGAUACCCUUUGUCCCAAUUUAAAGCAUCUCCGGCUGAGAUGUCCACAUAUAGAACCGUCGACAGCGUCCACUAUACUUGCAAAGCUUCCGGGGCUGAGAGGCAUGGAUGUCAUGGGUUCUGGUGGAACACUUACCAUUUCCAGUGACGAUAUUUCAGCUUUACGGAGGCUUCAAAACGUUUGUGUGGAAAACGUCUCGAACUGUGUAGAUGUCGCAAGUCGCAUCGGCAACGCAGUGACGAGUUGCUUUAUGGAAGAUGACCUGCUGGAUAACAUAAAAGAGCUAAUCAAGUGCCCUCGCUUGCAAUCUGCUCGGUUUCGAAUGCAGUUAUCACAAGUGAAGCAAUUUGUCGAGGUUGCCUCUAAUUUACCGUUGCUUAAGUUCUUCUCGGUGCUUAUCCAGGGGACUCAUGAUAAAAAGGUCACCUUUACGGAGGUCAAAGAUGCAGCUCUUGAGACGAAGAACGUCUUGCGCAGCAGCCCCUCACCAACCAGCACUGCAAUUUUAGAAUGUGCUGUCUUUCCCAGUGAUUGGAUGCGACGUACUCCAGAGAUGGCUAGGAUAGUGGCCAUUCUCACUGAUGAAAGAACAAGAGUUACUUACUCGGAGGUCUCAGUUCAUCUCAUGCCACAUAUGAGAGUCUUUCUCUACAAGACAGCUCCGAAAUAAGCUCGAGGUUUUCUCCAGGCAGAGUGGGCAUGGGUGCUCCGGAGCAACCAGCUACAUCUGCGCUGAAUCAUAGAAGAAACCAGCUCGCAAAAGCAACGAGACACGUGUGGCAUGUUCUCCAGCACACUGAAUCAGGCAUCGAACAAGAGUUUCUCAUCCCCCCUUAGCACAUUCGAAGCUGUGUUUUGACUUUUUCCCGCUAGUAUAACUGUCAAUUUUGCUAUCGGUGCUAACUGAGGAAUUUUUCCUUUAUGUGCAUUGGUAGGAUGUUAGUGAUGAAUUCCAGUGGGAGGUCAUUUCUCGCCAACUAGCAGCCAAUAGGUUUGGUUUUGGUCCCAUUGUGUGGCAAAGGCAGUGUGAUUCUCUUCUUGUGUUCGUCGUGAAUCAUCAACAUCCAUUACAGAGAGUAGUAUUCUUUUCCAA